AGAUUUCUAAUUCUGUUUUCUUUGCCCAGUUCUAGGGAGUGAGAACAUGGAGGCCUCUCCGGUGGAUGAGUUUGAGCAUAGUCCACAGGAGGAUGGCUUAAAGUUCAAGGAAGAGGAACAGUUAGUCCCAGUCCAUGAAGUAGGCCAUGCUCCUAUCAAACUUGAAAACAUUCAGAGCUGGGAUGACUUAUGGGUUCACCGAGAGGGAACUGGAAAGCGUCAACCUCGAGACCCAGCCCCCCCUCGAGACCCAGCCCCCCGGUUCCUGGGAGAACCCCGAUGGGGACAAGCUAGUAAUGACCGAGCUGCAGUGUGUGGCGAGUGUGGUAAGAGCUUCCGGCAGAUGUCAGAUUUGGUGAAACACCAGAGGACUCAUACAGGAGAGAAGCCCUACAAGUGUGGGGUCUGUGGCAAGGGCUUUGGGGAUAGCUCAGCCCGAAUCAAACACCAACGAACUCACACUGGUGAGAAGCCCUAUCGAGUCCGGCCACCAGCCUCGGGUCCUCCCAAGAUGCCUCGGUCCCGGAUGUCCCGGAUUCCUGCUGGUGAGCGCCCCACUAUCUGUGGUGAGUGUGGAAAGAGCUUGGGCCAGAGCUCUGACCUGGUGAAGCACCAGCGGACACACACAGGAGAGAAGCCCUACAAGUGUGGUGUCUGUGGCAAGGGCUUUGGUGACAGUUCUGCCCGAAUAAAGCACCAGCGGACACACAGAGGAGAGCAGCUCCCCCGGCCUGUGGUUCCCCAGCGGCAGCCAUCUCAGGCAGCUCCAGCAGCUACACAAAGACCCAAGGCCCAGGACAAGCCAUAUAUCUGCACUGACUGUGGCAAAAGGUUUGUACUAAGCUGCAGCCUACUGAGCCACCAACGCAGUCACCUGGGACCCAAACCCUUCGCUUGUGAUGUGUGUAGAAAGGAGUUUGCCCGGGGCUCUGACCUGGUGAAGCACCUGCGGGUGCACACAGGCGAGAAGCCCUACCUGUGCCCUGAGUGUGGCAAGGGCUUUGCCGACAGCUCUGCCCGGGUGAAGCACCUCCGCACCCACAGUGGCCAGAGACCUCAUGCCUGCCCAGAAUGUAACCGUACCUUUAGCCUCAGCUCUACCCUUCUUCGUCACCGCCUUACCCAUGUGGAGCCCCAGGGCUUUAGUUUCUCAGCCUACCCUGUAGCUCCCCUCAUCCCCAGCCCACCACCUCCUCUUGGCACUAGCCCCUCACUGACCCCUCGAAGCCCUUCACAUUCCAGUGAUGGGCCCUUUGGCCUGCCUGGCUUAGAACCAGAGCCUGUGGGCCCACAGGCUGGGGAACCACCCCCACCACUGGCAGGUGACAAGCCUCACAAGUGUCCUGAGUGUGGCAAAGGCUUCCGCCGAAGCUCUGAUCUGGUCAAACACCAUCGUGUGCAUACAGGGGAGAAACCCUACCUUUGUCCUGAAUGUGGCAAGGGUUUUGCUGACAGUUCUGCCCGAGUCAAGCACCUCCGCACCCAUCAGGGUGAGCGCACCAGACCACCACCAUCUACUCUCCUGCGGCCACAUAACCCACCCGGUCCAGUACCCAUAGUCCCUCAGUCUCGAGGGCGGGGCCAGGCCUCUACACCCAGCCAGCUUCAUGUGUGUGGUUUCUGUGGAAAAGAGUCCCCCCGGAGCUCAGAUCUAGUGAAACACAGGCGUACACAUACUGGGGAGAAGCCAUACAAAUGUGCAGAGUGCGGCAAGGGCUUCAGCGAUAGCUCUGCUCGAAUCAAGCACCAGCGUGGGCACCUGGUCUUAAGGCCCUUUGGAAUAGGGGAUGGUCGGUCAAGGCCCCUCCUCCAGGAGGGGUCACCAGCUGGAAUGGAGUGAUGGACAGUCCAGGGAGGGUAGAGGCCCAGAGUACCUGAGGGGGGGUAUUUGCUGCUGAAGGCAGAGAAAGGCCUGGGAAAUGGUGGGAGGGAUGAGGAGGAUGAGAACAGAUAGAAACAGACUGAAGACCAUAAUGUUCAUACUCAGGAAACCCAGCUAGGUGUUGGGAACCUUGCCAGUAUGAGUUGUACCACAGCUUCUAGAAUACUGCCUAGCAUAGAGUAGACACUUCUACUUGUAAAAUCAGUAAGCUGGACGCAGCUCUGAAAUCCUCUGCCUCUUGUUAAGAACUCUUCCCUCAGCUGGGCACAGUAGUGUACAACCUUUAAUUCCAGCAUUCAGGAGGCAAAGGCAGGCAGACUCAAAUUUGUGGCUCUACAAGGUCAGCCAGGAACUACAUGGUAAAGCAAAAAACAACAACCUUAAUCCUCCCAACCUUUGGCUGGGAGAACAGGGAUUGUUUGAAUUUAAGAUGUCAAAACAAGGCAGGGGCAUUUUGGCCACCCUGAGGGGGAAGUAUUGCUAUAAGGUAGGGAGUUCCCACCUCUACCUGUGGAUCACUGGACAUGGCUUUAUCCAGGAAGGGCCCUUUGGGAAAGAACUUAAAUCUCUGCUUUGAGGGCCCUUGCCAUCCUGACACUGGGACCCUGGUAAAGUAGAACAGAGCCACCAGGAGCAUUCAGGGCUUCUAGUCUGGAUGCAAAGCCUAUGUUGUCAUGGACAUCUGCAAAGACCAGCUUUCUGAGCAAGCAGGGCCAGUGUAGGCCAGAGAAGCUUCCAGGCUCCACAGCCAAGUGUGUGUCUGUCUCUUUACUAAUAAAUGGUCCCUUGUCUGAG